AUGAUCUCCUUGAAUAAGCACCUCCAUUUCUACUGGGACCAGGCCAUGUUCGGGCUCAGACCAGUCCGAGAGCCAGAGCAUCGCUUCGACGGAGAAAAGACGAGGCUAGUCCGCGUCGAGUGGCGUUGGAUGCCCACGGGGCUCUCCGCGGCGCUGGCCAAGAGCGCCCACGCCCUGCCACCUGACGAGGAUACCAGGCCGUCCAACUGUUACCGCAAGGUCGAUCUAGCCUCGGAAGGGCUCGGCGACUUUCUCUGCUCGGAGCUCCAGAAGACGACCGGAGAUGAGAUCUACGGCGGCGACGACGACGAUGGUGAUGGCGGCGGCGGCGGUGGCGGCGGAGAGGUUACCGACUUGCUCGGUCCCGGCGUCCCUAUCGAAUCCGGAUACCGAUUCGACCUGAGAGUCGCCGCUGCCGACGCGUACAAGAUGGAGGCGCUUCUGGAAUUCCAGUGGCUCUCGGUACAGAUGGCGGCCAUGUCGGGGGCGGCCGAGGUCCAGCAGAGCCUCCGCGAUGAGCCUGAUGAUGAAUUCAAGGCCAUCUACCAGCGUCUACAGGCUAAGGCUAUGAAGGAGCUCCAGGAUGAGUAUUCUAGGCUACACGGCUGGGAAGAUGCAGGAGAAUCGAGCGAGGAGGAGUAUAGAUCAGGACGCUAG